CAAGAAGGCUGUGAUUCAACUGAUUACCUCCUGCCCCUGUGACUUUUUCCUGCUUUUACUUUCUCUUUUUACAAUUCAAAAAGAAACUUUUGUUGAAUUUUGGUCGGAGGAAAAAGGUUACGGGGAUGCCGGGCACUUGCUGCGCCGUGGCGAUCUGCACUAAUACGUGGUACGACGCUAAGAGGAAAAACAUGGACAUUUCCUUCCACAGGUUUCCGAAGGAUCCAAGGCUCCGCGAGGUGUGGAUGAUGAGCUGCCGCAGAGCGGAUGAAUGGAAGGCCGACGGCUCUUACAUCUGCUCGGAGCAUUUCAAGGAAGCGUGCUUCGAACGCGACUUCCAGGCCGAGUUCAUGGGUCAGAAGCGUCGUCGCAAGCUCACCAAGAAUGCCAUCCCUACCGAAAAUCUGUCCCGCAAGAGGAAGCAUGCCGUACCGCCUGAGCAGGUCCAUGUUUCCAUCGAGGAUGCUUGUUACUCACAGUCCGACAAUGAUGAACCGUCCGACGAGACUGAGGCACUCAAGAGCGAGAUCGCUCGUCUCAACGCCGCCCUCAGCGAAAAGGACGAAUUGAUAUUCAGGCUAAAAUCAAGAGUAAAACGACUUACAGAAAUGAUCCUAGAUGAAUAAUUCAUUAAUUUAAUUUUUAAUUUAAUUUUUUUAAUAACUACAAAUAAAAACACUUUUUUUAUAAAUUCAAUCAAAGG